AUGGCUACUCAGGCAGCGAGUCUCCAGACGUACAACAAUGACCUAGUCAAACUCAUAGAGUCUCUGAAGGAGGCGAAGGCUACGCUUGACCGAGAGAUCCACAGCCACCAGGAGGACAAAUCAAAGAUCGAGCGUGAUUUAGCUGCAUUGCAGAACCGCUAUAAAGAGCUUGAUGCAGCCCUCAUCCAAAAGACCCAGGCCCGUGCAGAAUACGAGAAGACCAUUCGUGAAUCUGAAUUAGCAUACAAUAGCAUUAUCGAGUCUGCAAAGAAGCUGACAGGCAUCUUAAAGGAUAGAGCGGGUAACAUUAUCAGCAACUGA